AUGGAGCGCGUGUCUCGGUUCUCUGGGUUCAAGUCCAUCUACCGGUCGAUUCCCUUCCAGAUUGCCAUCGCCAGUGGUGUCUCAUUCACUGCUCCUGGCAUGUGGGAUGCCAUGAACAACCUUGGCGCUGGUGGAGCAGCAGAGCCCUAUGCCGUCUCGGCGGCAAAUGCCUUGGUCUACGGAUUGUUCUCCAUCGUAUGUGUUGCGGCCGGUGCCAUCAACAACCGCAUCGGCCUUCGUUUUGGCUUGGUCCUCGGAGCUAUUGGUUAUCCGAUCUAUGGCGCCGGUCUCUAUACCAACAACUAUGCUCCCACCACGUGGUUCAUGCUCUUUGGCAGCGCGUUAUGUGGCAUCUCCGCUGGGUUCUUCUGGGCUGCCGAGGCGGCCAUCAUCAUCGGAUAUCCCAGCCCGCAGGACCGCGCGUUCUACCUGGCGAUCUGGCAAACAGCCAAAGCUGCCGGCCCCAUCGUGGGUGGUGCCAUCAGCCUGGGCCUCAACGCACAGACUUCCUCCAAGGGAACCAUCAGCGCAGGCACGUACAUUGUCUUCAUCGUCAUUAUGUGCCUGGGAUUACCGAUCGCCCUCUGCCUGAGUCCGGCGGAGAAGGUGCAACGCAAAGACCGAACGCUGGUCGUGGUGCACAAGCAAGCGACGUGGGCAGCCGAAUUCAAAGCAGCUAUCAAGCUGAUCGGGACCCGCCGGGUACUGAUGUUGCUGCCGGCCUUUUUCAUCAGCUAUUUCUACAACGCCUUCUCUAGCACCUGGUUGACCGACUACUUCACGGUUCGAUCGCGCGCCUUCUCUUCUUUCUUCACCAACUUCGCCGGAAUCGCCUCCUCGUUUCUGAUUGCCGGACUGCUCGAUCGCCAAAAUAUCCACAUCAAAACCCGCGCCAAGAUUGCCUUCUCGUCGAUCAUCCUCAUUCUCACCGGCACUUGGAUUUGGGCUUGCGUGCUGCAAAGUCAGUUCUACUCGGCCCCGGAGGCCCCCGUGUUUGACUGGUUCAAGGGCGGGUUCGGCAAGUCGUAUGCCCUGGUUUUCUUCUGGCAAUUUGGUGGUCAGGCCUUCCAGCAAUUCCUCUACUGGCUGGUCGGUCAGUACAGCACUGAUAUCUCGUCUCUGUCCUAUCACAGCGGAAUCUUGAGAGGAUUCGAGGCUCUGGGACAGACGGUUGCUUGGGCGAUGCAAACCGAGGGCAAUGUCAACCAUUUUGCCAGUAUUGGUCUCAACUUCGGCAUCACACUAUUGUGCGUCGUGCCUACCUGGAUCGUCCUGUCCGGCCUGGAACACAGCCACGAGGUGCAGGUCACAGUGGACGACAUGCCAUCCAAGGCCCAGGACGGUUCGGAGGCGUGA